CACGUCUACAAUCGCGAGGGUAUCCCUUUUCUGAGUCCCCUUUCAACGUUUUUUCCGAGUCGAAUGAUCUCUUUCUACACGAUCAAGCCGCUCAUUCACUCUUAUUGGCAGGCAGAAGCGCCAGACAGGUUUUAUUCCGCCAUCUUGUCGCUGAAACUUGAGAACGAUGAGUAGGCGACGCUUUCGGACCUCCGACAAGUCGGUACUCGGCACCACUUUGCAUAUGGACCCAGCGACCCAGCCAAUAUGAAGGAUCAUAUAUGUGCCCCACUCUUUGUGGAUUGUUCUUGUUGAGUAAUUCUCUGGGUGUCGUCGCGGUUGUGGUCUCCAAUGGCUACGACAACCCCUACCGAGCAUGUCGACAACGAGACAGUCCUGUCUGCAGACGGCAUCGACUUGGCGAAUGUGAAGACCGAAGGUCCCGGCGGCGAUGGUGUGCUGACGCCUGCCGCGUUGGCUGCAUCCGAUGCCGAGUACUCUGUAUUCACGGCCGCUCAAAAACAAUAUAUCGUCUUCACGGCAUCGUGGGCAGGCUUCUUCUCGCCAGUGUCGACACAGAUCUACUACCCAGCGCUGGACACAUUGGCUAAAGACCUUCAUGUGUCCAGUUCGCUGAUCAACCUGACAUUAACCAGCUUCAUGAUCUUCCAAGGACUCUCGCCUAUGUUCGUCGGGGACUUUGCGGACAAGGCUGGUCGUCGACCGGCAUACAUCAUCUGCUUUGUCAUCUAUAUCGCUGCAGACAUCGGCUUGGCGUUGCAGGACAAGUAUGUCGCCCUGUUUCUGCUGCGGUGCCUGCAGAGCGCCGGGAGCAGCACCACGAUCGCUCUCAGCUCAGGCGUAGUGGCGGAUGUGGCUACCGCGUCGGAGCGAGGUACAUACAUGGGCAUCGUGACUGCGGGUAGUCUGCUGGGCCCAUCAAUUGGCCCCGUGAUCGGUGGCCUGCUCGCGCAGUACCUUGGCUGGCGGGCGAUCUUCUGGUUCCUAGCUAUCUUCGCGGGCUCCUGGCUGGUCCCCUUCCUGAUCUUCUUCCCGGAGACGGCGAGGGACGUUGUCGGCAACGGCUCGAUCGCGCCCCAGCACUGGAACAUGUCGCUGAUCAGCUACCUGAAGACGCGCAGGAUUGCACGUGAAACCGGCGGCGAGGUCAGCACUGCUCCGCGCCGCAAGGUCGGUCUUCCCAACCCGAUGAAGACGCUGGCGAUUUUGUUCCAGAAGGACACAAGCAUUAUCCUGCUGUCGAACGCGCUUCUGUUUGCCGGCUUUUACGACGUCAGCGCCUCGAUCCCCAACAUAUACAAAGAACUGUAUGGUCUCGAUUCCCUGCAGAUCGGCCUGUGUUAUAUUCCCUUUGGGUUGGGUGCAUCGAUCGCCUCCAUCGUCAACGGCAAAUUCCUCGACUACAACUACCGCCGCCUGGCCAAGAAGUUGGGCUUCCCCAUGGUGAAGAACCGGCACACCGACCUGCGCAAUUUCCCCAUCGAAAAGGCCCGAUUGGAGAUCGCGUUGCCCUUGCUCACCAUCGGCGGAAUCACGGUCAUCCUGUUCGGCUGGUUCUUACACUUCGGCCUGCCCCUCGCUGCGCCGACGACCAUCCUUUUCUUCAUGGGGUUGUCGCUAACGGGCUCCUUCAACACCGUCAGCACCUUGCUGGUUGACCUCUACCCUUUUAGAGCUGCGACAGCCACCGCCGCCAACAACUUUGCCCGGUGCCUCAUUGGCGCGGGGGCUACUGCUCUCCUCGACCCCAUGCUCAACGCCAUGGGCCGCGGCUGGUGCUUCACCUUUAUUGCCCUCGUCAUGAUGCUCACCGCUCCGCUACUUAUGGCGGAUAUCCACUUCGGUCCGCUGUGGAGAGAGGAGCGCCGCCUGCGCGAAGAAACAAAGAGUGUCGAGGAUGCCCGGCAGAAGGCAGCAAUAGAUGCAUAACUACAAUACACACAUAUAUACUUCGUUUUAAUAUACCACGCAAAUUAGAAAAUCCAGUG